AUGGUCUUCAAGCUUGCUGUCGCUACUGUGGCUCUCGCUGCCGCUGCCGGAGCUGCCAACGUCAAGCGUGUUGCUUGCCCGGACGGCAAGAACACUGCAAGCAAUGAAGCUUGCUGUGUCUUCUUUGCCCUCAGAGACGACCUUCAGAACAAUCUUUUCCAAAACGAGUGUGGUGAAGAGGUUCAUGAAGUCGUUCGUCUGACUUUCCACGACGCUGUUGGCUUCUCGAACAGCGGUAAAUUCACCGGAGGUGGCGCGGAUGGUUCAAUCCUUCUCUUCGGGGACACCGAGACCAACUUCGCCGCUAACAACGGCACCGAUGAAGCGGUCGACGAUCUCGCACCUUUCCUUCAGACUCACAACGUCACUGCAGGUGACCUGAUUCAGUUCGGAGCUGCUGUUGGUUUAACGAACUGCCCUGGUGCGCCUCAAUUGCAGUUCCUCGCCGGUCGUCCGAAUGCCACUGCACCUGCACAGGACGGCACCGUCCCGGAGCCUCAGGACAGCGUCGACGACAUUCUCGCCCGCUUCUCCGACGUCGGCAUCAACUCUGACGAAGUCAUUCACCUCCUCGCUAGCCACACUAUCGCUCGUUCAGACACGCUCGUCCCGAACCACGAUGCAGUACCAUUCGACUCGACUCCCUUCACUUUCGACACUCAGAUCUUCUUGGAAGUCCUGCUCAAGGGUGUCGGCUUGCCCUUCAACGAGACCAGCAGCAUUCCAGGCGCUGAAGUCGACUCUCCUAUCCCUGACUCGGGCGAAAUGCGGCUGCAGUCCGACUUCGCCUUGGCGCGUGACUCGCGCACGGCGUGCGAAUGGCAGAGCAUGGUUGACAACCAGCAGCUUAUGAUGAACAACUUCCGCUCCGCAAUGAUGAAGCUCGCAGUUAUCGGCCAAGACACUAACAGUCUUGUAGACUGCUCUGAAGUCAUCCCAGCCCCCUUGCCUCCUGUCAACAAGCCCGCUUCGUUCCCCGCCGGCACCGACCAGACCGACGUCCAGCAGGCAUGCACAGCUACGGCGUUCCCAACUCUUAGCGCUGACUCCGGCCCCGAGACCUCCAUCCCUGCCUGCCCUGAUGGCGGCUCUGACGCAGACAACUGCUCUUAA